AUGAUGAAAUCAAAAGUUUGGUCUGAAGCCCGUGUUUACACAAAUAUUAAUCAACAGAGAGAUAAAUCGUAUUGGGACUAUGAAAAUACUACGAUUGAAUGGUCGACUAAUAAUAAGGACUAUGAAAUCGAAGCCAAAGUUGGUCGUGGUAAAUACUCUGAAGUUUUCCAAGGUGUAGAGUUAAAGACACAGAGAAAAAUUGUCAUUAAAAUGUUGAAACCUGUAAAGAAGAAGAAAAUUAAGAGAGAAAUCAAGAUUUUAACCAAUUUAUCAGAUGAGCAAUCUCCUCCGACUGCUCUGCAAUUCAAUAAGGAUGAAUAUUAUUCAAAUAAGAAAGAGUUUGUUUUAAAAUUUAUAAGACCAUAUAUAUAUGACCUGCCUCAUAAUGGUCAUGAAAAUAUAGUACAAUUGUUUAAUAUUGUUAAAGAUCCUAUCUCUCGAACACCGGCUUUAAUCUUCGAACAAGUAGACAAUAUCGAUUUUAGAGUUUUAUAUCCUAAAUUCACCGAUAUGGAUAUGAGAUACUAUAUGUUUGAGUUAUUAAAAGCUUUGGAUUACUGUCAUUCGAUGGGUAUCAUGCAUAGAGAUGUAAAACCACAUAAUGUUAUGAUAGAUCAUAAGCAAAGGAAGCUGAGACUAAUUGAUUGGGGUUUAGCAGAAUUAUACCACGCUAAUAUGGAAUACAACGUCCGUGUUGCUUCAAGAUUCUUCAAAGGGCCUGAACUAUUGGUUGACUACAGAAUGUACGAUUAUUCCUUAGACCUAUGGUCUUUUGGUACAAUGUUAGCAUCAAUGGUAUUCCAAAAGGAACCAUUUUUUCAUGGUACCAGUAAUACUGAUCAAUUAGUUAAAAUUGUUAGGGUGCUAGGUAGUGAAGAUUUCGAAAAAUAUCUAAUAAAGUACGAGAUAACCCUUCCUCGUGAAUUUCAUGAUAUGGACCAAUAUAUAAGAAGACCAUGGCAUAGAUUUGUAAAUGAUUCAAACAGACACUUAUCGGGCAAUGACGAUAUUAUAGACUUGAUAGAUAACUUAUUAAAAUAUGACCAUCAAGAAAGGCUAACUGCCAAGGAGGCAAUGGGUCAUCCAUGGUUCGCACCAAUUAGAAACAAUGAGUAUUCAACUCAAGAUAUCGAAAUUGAUUAA